AAAAGCCGAGCAUGGAAUCCUAUACAAUGUUCCUGUAUUUGAGGAUAUGUUUGAAAAUGUAACUGCAGAAGAAUUUAAGACGCUUGAAGUUCUGUGUUCAGCAGUUGGUGAUCCACCAAUUACCUAUGAAUGGCUUGAUCCCAAAAUUCAAAAAAUGAAUCUGAUACUAAUGACUCAGCAUCUAUAGUCAAAGUGGCGGCAGAUGUAAAAAACAACAGCAUUUCAUUCAAAAUUUACACCAGUGGAAACGUUGAUACGAUUUUCGGGAAGUACAGCGAAAUUCUUGCACCCGUCGAAGAAAGAAUUCAGUGGCAAUUUGGAGGCAUUGGGCCUUAUGAAGUGAAGAAUUUGACAGCCAGCGGCAAGUAUAGCUUCCAGUUUAAAUUAUCGGAAUCUGAUGACUGGUCAAAGACCUACACCUGUGUCAUGCUGCCCGAUAUGCCACAGGUCUUAUUUAUAGGUCUUAGCGAUGAUGCUCUCAAAAUAGAAUGGUUCAGAUCACGGGACAAUAUUAUGCGAGAAACAAUCGACAAGCACGAACUAUCAUACUAUGCAAUAAGUCAAGUUCAAGGAAAUUAUUUCGAAAAGAGGGAUUGUGCCGUGACUGUCGAAAUUCCUAAAUGCAGUGGAUCCAGUUAUACGAUCACACCGUUAUUUAAAGGAUCGUAUUACGAAAUACGCGUACGAGCGCAUACUUCAGCGGGCUACGGAGAGCCUUACUAUUUCAUAAUAUACCCUUGAAAUAAGGAAAUUGAGCAUGAGAAUGCAUUUUGGAAAGUUCGAAGCUAUUUCAUUUUUCUUGCUAAUGUUUUUAUAUGUAAACUGCUUUUGAAAACAUUAAACUUUACU